UUCUAAAGUUUCCAAGUGAAUUGGGUUUUCUUUUCUUUUCUUUUAUUUUCUUAUCAUCGAUCACUGAUAUUGGCUUUAGAUAAGAAGGAGAAGAUUGUGCGAAAAGAUAUUGGAAGAGUGGAAAUGAUGGAGGGUGAAAGUUCAAAGACAAAGAGAGCAGCUUUUAAUGAUCAUGGUUUCCUUGACACUCUGCUUUCUUGGUCCCUUGAAGACAUUUACGAUGAAAAUCUUUACAAGAACCAGGUAGAAAAUAUUCCACUGGAGUUUGAAUCUGUUCAUCAGUAUUUUGGGUCAUACGUUUACCCCUUACUGGAGGAAACUCGGGCAGAACUGCAUUCAAGUAUGGAGAUUAUAUCAAAUGCUCCUUUUGCUGAAGUAAUCGCAUUUGAUGAAUCUAAGUCAUAUGGGAAGAAUUUGUAUGAUGUUAAGGUUGAUUCCUGGAGAAACAGAUUCAGUGUUCUUGGCAAGGAGCCCUACAAAACGUUGCCUGGAGAUAUAUUAGUUUUAGCAAAUGCUAUACCCGAGGAUGUUUCUGAUUUACAAAGAACAGGAAGGCAAUGGGCUUUUGUAACGGUCACUAAAAUCCCAGAGGAUGAAGAAAACGAGGAAGAGGAUGAAGAAAACGAUGAAGAAAACGAGGAAGAGGAUGAAGAAAACGAGAAUACUAGUUUUACAGUCAAGGCGUUGGAAGACAUUGGGAUCCAGAAAUCAUUGUUUCUGAUUUUCUUGAUAAAUACAACCACUAACAAGAGAAUAUGGAAUUCCUUGCACAUGUCUGGGAAUCUGGAGAUUAUCAAAAACGUUUUGAACACUAAUUCUUUCAUUGAGGAAGAUGGUGGUCUCUGUUGUGCUCAUAGAGGUGGGAAUUGGGAUGAGAAAUUUGGGACCAGUGUUACUUCUGAACUGAAUGAACCCCAAACCAAGGCAAUUCUGGCAUGUCUCCAUAAGAUACGUCGCAACCACAAGUCAGCUGUAGAACUUAUAUGGGGUCCUCCGGGUACUGGGAAAACAAAAACCAUCAGUACAUUGCUCUUUACCCUUUUAAGAAUGGGAUGUAGGACUCUUACUUGUGCCCCAACGAAUGCUGCAAUCAGAGAAGUGGCUUCUCGCACACUAAAGCUGGUGAAAGAAUCCUUUGAAAGAGACAAUGGGAUUGGUGCUUUGUUUUUCCCACUGGGAGAUAUUCUCUUAUUUGGGAAUAAGGAGUGGCUCCAACUUGGUUCAGACAUUGAAGAGAUACAUUUGGAUUAUAGGAUCAAAAGGCUUACAGAGUGCUUAGGACCUCUCACUGGUUGGAGGCAUCGUUUUGCUUCAAUGAUUGAUCUUCUUGAAGAUUGUGUUUCUCAGUAUAAUAUCUUCUUGGAGAAUGAAUCACUCAAAGAGAAAGAACACAACAAUGAAAAUGAAAUCGACUCAUUUCUUGAUUUUCUGAGGAAAAGAUUUGUUUCUACUUCAUCAUCACUCAAAAAUUGUAUUCUCGUCUUUUGUACACAUUUACCGAAAAAAACUGUUCUGGAACAAAAUUUCCAAAACAUGGUCUCUCUGAUCGGCCUGCUUGAGUCUUUUGAAACCUUGCUGAAUCAAGAUAAUGUGGAAUCUGAAGCACUGGAGGAGCUUUUUUCUCAUUCAAAAUUACCUGCAGAUAUAUUUCUGUCAUCUACGGAUAUGCCAUUCUUGUUGUAUGAAAGGAGAAGAGAAUGCCUGUCUGUUUUAAGGACUUUUAAUGGUUCGUUUAAUUUGCUUGACCGUCUGAGCGUUAUGAGCAAACGGUCAAUAGAGGAAUAUUGUCUUCAAAAAGCUUCCUUGCUUUUUUGCACUGCUUCAAGUUCUUCUAAGCUGCACUCGGUGCCAAUGAAACAACCCCUGAGCAUUAUGGUUAUUGAUGAAGCUGCACAAUUAAAGGAGUGCGAGUCAGCCAUACCGUUGCAACUUCGGGGUUUAAGGCAUGCUAUUCUUUUUGGCGAUGAGUGCCAAUUACCAGCAAUGGUUAAAAGCAAUAUUUCUGGUGAAGCUGACUUUGGGAGAAGUUUAUUUGAGAGAUUGAGCUCAUUGGGUCACUCAAAACAUCUUCUCAAUAUACAGUACCGAAUGCAUCCAUCCAUAAGCCUCUUCCCAAAUUUGAAUUUUUAUCACAAACAGAUCUUAGAUUCUCCAAAUGUUAAAAGAAAAAGCCACGAAAAGCACUAUCUUUCCUGGCCAAUGUUUGGUCCCUAUUCUUUUAUAAAUAUAGCAGGUGGAAGAGAAGAGAAGGAUGAUGUUGGGCGUAGUUGGAGAAACAUGGUUGAGGUUGCUGUUGUUAAGAAAAUACUGCUGAAAUUAUACAAAGCUUGGGAUGGUUCAGAACAGAAACUCAGCGUUGGUGUUAUAUCUCCUUACGCUGCCCAAGUAGUUGCAAUUCGAGAGAAACUUGGACGGAAGUAUGAUAACCUUGAUGGGUUUGCAGUGAAGGUUAAAUCAGUUGAUGGGUUCCAGGGUGGGGAAGAGGACAUAAUAAUAAUAUCAACGGUAAGAUGUAAUGGAUCAAUUGGGUUCAUAUCAAAUCGUCAGAGAACUAAUGCUGCUCUUACAAGGGCUAGGCACUGUCUAUGGAUUUUAGGAAAUGAAAGAACCCUUUGUAAUAGAAAAUCUGUUUGGGAAGAUUUAGUCCUUGAUGCUAAGAAUCGUCAGUGUUUCUUUAAUGCUAAUGAAGAUCAGGAUUUGAACAAAUCAAUCUUGGAUGUGAAGAAAAAGUUGGAACAAUUUGACGAUUUGCUCAAUGGGAUUAGUGUGUGGAAGGUUAUUUUCAGUGAUAACUUUUGCAAAUCAUUUCAAAAACUGAAGUCUGUACAAACAAAGAAAUCAGUUAUAAACCUUCUAGUCAAACUUUCCAACGGCUGGAGACGCAAGAAAAAGUGUGUAGAUCCCAUUUGUGGAGAUUCUUCACAGAUUUUAAAGCAAUUUAAGGUUGAAAAACUUUAUGUCAUUUGUGCAAAUGACAUAGAAAAAGAAUGGAGUGAUGUGGAGAAGGCAUUUAGGUACUAUCAAGUCUUGAAGAUCUGGGAUAUAUUACCUGUAGAGGAUAUUCCAAAAUUAAUCAAACGUCUUGAUAGUUUGUUUGGAAAGUAUACAGAUGACUUUAUUAAUCACUGCAAAGAGAAAUGUCUGGAGGGGAAUUUGGAAGUUCCGAAGAGUUGGCCAUGUUCUUCUGAUAUUGUCAGGAUUAAGAAUCUUGAUAGCAGUGAAAAUGAGAUUGAUUUAAGUUGUUCUGCUUCUGAUGGAAGAAGUUAUGUUGAGAAUGUACAAGUUAGUGAGAGUCUGAUGCUGAUGAAAUUCUACUCCUUAUCAUCAGGUGUAGUUGGCCACUUGCUUUCUAAUCAUGAUGCUGUUGAAUUGGAUCUUCCAUUUGAAGUAAGUGAACAAGAGUCGGAGAUAAUCCGUUUUCCUAGAAGUACCUUUAUACUUGGCCGGUCAGGUACUGGGAAAACAACUGUUUUGACUAUGAAGUUAUUUAAAAAAGAAAAACAGCACCAUAUAGCAAAAGACUUAUUAUAUGGUUUCAAGAGCGAUAAACGUAUGCAUAGUCAGGAAAAGGAAGCCGAGGAGACUAUUGCAGAAAAAGAGGGUAUAAUAUUGCGCCAGCUUUUCGUAACAGUCAGUCAUAAACUGUGUUAUGCUGUCAAACAACACGUUUCUCAUUUGAAAAGCUUUGCCUGUGGUGGUAAAUUUUCAAAAGGAAGCAGUUCAAUUGAUUUUGAUGAUUUUGAUGAAGCAGCUCAAUUCAAGGAUGUCCCAGAUACUUUUGUUGAUGUUCCACCCAAGGCAUUCCCUCUUGUCAUUACAUUUCAUGAUUUUAUGAUAAUGCUUGAUGGAAGUGUGGGUAAUUCAUACUUUGAAAGAUUCCACGAAAUAAUGAAACAUUCUCUUGGCAAGGCUCGUGGUGGAUCAGUUUCCUUACAGACAUUUAUAAGGAAGAAAGAAGUUAAUUAUGAAAGGUUUAGUUCAUCAUACUGGCCCCAUUUCAAUACCCAACUGACUAAGAAUCUGGAUUCUUCAAGAGUUUUUACAGAGAUUAUUUCUCAUAUAAAAGGUGGCCGACAAGCUCUAGAGGCAAGUGAUGGUAAACUUAGUGAUAAAGACUAUUUUUCACUAUCAAAGAGCCGAAUGUCCAGUUUAUGUAGACGGAAGAGAGAGAGAAUAUAUGAAAUCUUUCAAAAUUAUGAAAAAAUGAAGGUUAAAAAUGGUGACUUUGAUAUGGCUGAUCUUGUAAUUGAUCUUCAUUGUCGAUUAAGAGUUGAAAGAUACAAGGGUGAUGACAUUGAUUUUGUAUAUGUGGAUGAGGUGCAGGAUCUCACAUUGAGCCAAAUUGCACUAUUCAAAUAUAUCUGUAAGAAUGUAGAAGAAGGUUUUGUUUUCUCUGGUGACACAGCUCAAACAAUUGCGAGGGGAAUCGAUUUUAGAUUCGAGGAUAUACGAUCUCUGUUCUACCUGAAGUUUCUACCGGAAUCUAAAAGCUGUCGACAUGAUAAAAGAAAAGAGAAAAGAAUAAUCUCAGAUAUUUUCCAUUUGAGCCAAAAUUUCCGUACUCACGAUGGGGUUCUUAAACUUUCACAGAGUAUUAUUGAACUUCUUUAUCAUUUCUUUCCUCAAUCUAUUGAUGUUUUGCAGCCUGAGACUAGUCUUAUAAAUGGUGAAGCUCCAAUAUUGCUUGAGUCAGGGAAAAAUCAAAACACAAUCAGUACUAUUUUUGGAAAUAGUGGAAAAGCUGAAAGGAGUUUUGUUGGCUUUGGUGCAGAGCAGGUAAUAUUGGUAAGAGAUGAUCAUGUUCAGAAGGAAAUUACCAAUUAUGUUGGGAAGCAAGCUCUUGUUCUAACUAUUGUGGAGUGCAAGGGCCUUGAGUUUCAGGAUGUAUUGUUGUACAACUUUUUUGGCUCAUCACCUCUGAAAAAUCAUUGGAGGGUGAUAUAUAAAUAUAUGGAGGAACAAGAUUUACUCAACUCAACUUCUCUCCCUUUCCCAAGUUUCAAUGAGGCUAAACACAAUGUCUUGUGCUCAGAACUGAAGCAACUUUAUGUGGCUGUCACUCGUACGAGGCAGAGGUUGUGGAUCUGUGAGAAUGUAGAGGAAUUCUGCAGACCUAUGUUUGACUAUUGGAAGAAAAAGUGUCUUGUCCAAGUCAAACAGCUAGAUGACUCACUUGCUCAGGAAAUGCAAGUUGCCAGCAGCCCAGAGGAGUGGAGGUUGCGGGGAAUCAAUUUGUAUCAAGAGUGUAACUAUGAAAUGGCAACAAUGUGCUUUGAGAAAGCUGGAGAUACUUAUUGGGAAAGAAGGUCCAAGGCUUCUGCCCUCAGAGCUACUGCUGACCGCAUGCGCCAUUCAAAUCCUAAAGCGGCAAAUGAGAUCCUUAGGGAAGCUGCAGAAAUAUUUGAAGCCAUAGGCAUGGCUGAUUCUGCUGCCCAAUGUUUCUCUGAUUUGGGGGAGUAUGAAAGAGCUGGGAGGCUUUAUUUGGAAAAAUGUGGCAAGCGUGAGCUGGAAAGAGCUGGGGAAUGCUUUACUCUAGCCGGAUGCUAUGAACUUGCAGCUAAUGUGUAUGCUAGGGGAUAUUUUUUCUCACACUGUUUGAAAGUUUGCACCAAAGGAAAAUUAUUUGACGUGGGUUUUCAGUACAUUCAGGAUUGGAAACAACAUGCAACUACAAAUUCGGGUGUGGUUAGAAUGGGAAAAGAAAUAGACAAAAUUGAACAAGAGUUUCUAGAGAGUUGUGCUCUUCAUCAUUAUAAGCUUAAGGAUAGCAGAUCCAUGAUGAAAUUUGUUAAAGCUUUUCAAUCCAUAGAUUUGAUGCGCAAGUUCUUGAAGUCUCGUGGUUGUCUUGAUGAGCUUCUGUUGUUGGAAGAAGAAUCAGGAAACUUCUUGGAGGCUGCAAACAUAGCGAGGCAGAGAGGGGAGAUUCUACAUGAAGCUGAUCUCCUAGGGAAGGCUGGGAAUUUCACAGAAGCAUCCUUGUUAAUUCUUUUCUAUGUUCUGUCCAACUCACUUUGGGAACCUGGAAGCAAAGGCUGGCCGUUAAAGCAGUUUACACAGAAGCAGAAGCUUUUAGCAAAAGCCAGGACAUUUGCAAAGAAUGGGUCUGAAAACGUUUUUGCGUUUGUUUGUACUGAGGCUGAUAUUUUAUCAAAUGAGCAGAGUAACUUGUCCAUGAUAAAAAAUUAUUUGAAUGCAGCUCAGAGACAUAAGAGUGUUGGAGGUGAAAUAAUAUGUGCUCGAAAAAUUCUAGAUGCUCAUCUUCAUUCAGACUCCUCAAAGUAUGUAUGGGAAGAUAAUUUUGUUUUCGAUAUGAUAAAGCAUUCGGAACAGAAGAUCGCUACAAAUCAGAUUUCUUUAGAAACACUGGUUUUCUUUUGGAAUCUUUGGAAAGAUAAGAUUGUGAACAUUAUUAAAUACCUCAGAUGUGCUGAAACCCAAGAUGUUGAUGAAUAUGGAGAUUUCUGCUUGAAUUACUUUGGAGUGCGGAAGCAGUUUCAUAAUGAUAAUGCCAUCUAUCUUUUGCUCAACUCUGAUGCUGAUUGGGUGAGACAAUUGGAUAAUAGAUUCCUUCAUCGGAACAGGAAGGUGGUUUCUAUCAAUUUUCACCAGUUUGUUUCAACUGCUCAAAGUUAUUGGUGUUCAGAAUUACUAUCUGUUGGUAUGAAGGUUUUGGACAGUGUCAAAGCCCUUUAUGAUUUGUCAUUAAAGAAUUCUCUCUCCAUGUUCUGCCAAAGCAUAUCUCUUACUCAUAUCUAUGAGGUUGCAAAGUCUCUUUUGGAAUCCCAAUAUCUGGACCUCAAGUUCCAUGAUAAUAAGGCAUUGUGGCAAUAUGUCGAACUUUCCACUAAUAUCUUUGGCUACAUAUUUCCUUUGGACUGGCAAAAAUCAUUGGCAGAGAACAUGUUUUCUUUGAGAGGAACUGAGGUUAUGAAGAAUUUACUAAAACAAGUCAUACGUAAAAACAUCGGCUCAAAGGGUAGACUGACUUACGGAAAAAUUGGAAGAGUUGUAAUGGUAAUUCUUGGAUUGGGUAAGCUUGACAAUGAUUUAUGUAAGGAGAUUUUGGAUAGGUUUGGUGGGAUUCACGAGAAUUCACCCUGGAAGACCUUCAUUCAAACUCUCUUUGUGAAUAUGGGAUCAAAAUUUCUACAUGCUACCGUACCUGACAAUAGAUGUGAAUCUCCAAGAGUGUUAUCCCUUCAGCUGACGCUCAAUGAAGCUUUGGUAAAUACUUACAGGGCAGACUGGAUGAAUGAAGAGGACUAUAUGUCCCCUGGUACCGUACCUGACAAUAGAUGGGCAGACUGGAUGAAUGAAGAGGACUAUAUGUCACCUGGUUGUUUUUUGUAUCUUGUUGAUCGCCUACUGAUUUUGGCGUCAUACUCCCAGGGUUACUUUAUCACUUCAAAGUCUUCUUUUGUUGAAUGGUUUAUCUACCAAGAAGGAGAUACCACCAGCCCAGAUUCCACUUCAGUGGGUGAACUGCAACCAUUGCUUGAAUUGUUUAUCAAUGAAGUUGUUAUGCCACUUAUUGACAAUAAGGAGGAUACAAUGAAAUGGAUUGAAAUGUCUGGCAUAAAUGCGAAAGACUACUAUCCAUUGCUGGUGUUGAGAUUGGUUACCAUAAUAUGUUUGGUUCACCUGAACUGUGGGAAGUUUUCAGAUUUACUUUCUGAUUUGAUUCAAAGGAGCUAUAUUGCUGUGCAACUUCCAUGGGACUUUCAUGAUGUCCUUCGGAGAAGAUUGAAACGUUUCCACAAUGUAAAUGUGAUUGCUGAAGCAUUUAAAAAAAUUAACAAUCCUCUUGUAAUUGUGAGUUUGGGAAAAAAUUGUUCACAAUUUCAAUGUCCAGAUGUCAUUUUUGUGGACAUGACGGUAAAACAUUGCAGGGAGGACAUUUUAAGAGUCUUGUUUCCAAAGACAGCCAAAGCCUUGCCAGCUCAAACUGAAAUUAUUGAAGUGGAAACAACUCAUUCUUGCAGUGAAGUGCUUUCUUCGGGCAGUUAUGAUCAGGUGGGUUGUAAACUUGCACCUUCAAACUUUGUUUUGAACAACAUAAAUGGAAGCAAGCUGCCAAUGGAUUAUAGUUGCUUUUGGGAAAUGUUUGAAGCAUUGAAGUCAUUGGAGAAUGGUGGAUAUCAAAAGAGCUUUUUGCCCAAUGCUCAAGUAAUCAAGGUAGAUGUGGACAAAAGUAUUCACCUUGUAAGUACUGUUCUGAACGAAGGCCUUCAGAACACUAUUUACCAUGGUGAUGAAAACCUAUUGCUGGAAGUAGCAUGCAUGCUUGAUGAACUGAAGCUACUUUCUGUUGCAUUGGGUGCAAUGACGAAGCCAAAAGUUCUUAUAGGCAAGGACCAAUGGUCAGAAAAAAAAUUUUGGGAACUAGAGCUUCAGGGGAAUAUGUCAACAAUUGGAGACCUUUCCAAGAGAUUGCUGUUCAGAAGGCCAAAGGUGGAACCUAUCUUGAGUCAGCGAUUCUCGCAACACGGCACAAACAUUCUGGUAGAGACAUCAAAAACUAGCAGUACAUCUGUUGACCAGUCUGACGUUACGGGCCUCCAUAACAAAAAAGAUAGUUUUGGUAGGAGAAUUCGAGAAUUCCUAGGCUUCCUAAUUUUAGGGUAGUUCUAGGAACCCUAACACCUCUCAAAAAAAACUAUUAGAGUUUAAAUAAUUAAUUCUCAUACUAUAUUGUAUUUUAGAACAUAGUCGAAGGAGAUUGACCCAUCCUUUUGUGCAGUAAAUAUGAUGUGGUUUAUGAUGUGUUUGAGCGUUGAUUUUUGAAAUCAAAAUUGAAUUUUUAUUCU